AUGUCUUACUUUGCUCGCGUGGAACUUGAUGAAUGGAAACUGGAAGACGCUAUACAACACUAUAGAGAAAAGAAGCCUGACGGUGGCAAGUUACUGCUGCAAUUGGUUUUGGAUGAUCUCAACAACUUGGUGAAUGCUGAACGCAAGGGAGAAAAAGAAGCUGCUCGAAAGAUCGUGAGUGCUAUCGAGAAAGCUCAAGCAUAUCAAAUAACUGGUGGCAACACCCAAUCGGCAACAUCUGGAUACAGUUACACCACCCUCAUGGCGAGGAUCUAUGCGUGA